AACGUGUGUCGGAUCUCUAUGAGCCAAUUAAAGUAUAUAACAAGCAGAGCAGGAGGUUUUCUACUUGGAUCUGCUCUCUCCAUUGCAUCAUCAGCUUCUUCUUCAAAUCCGCCGUCUCUAGCCUCCGCGUUGUCUUCAUCCUCCGCCGCCGUCAUGGAAACCCAUAAAACCAAGCUCUGCAUCGUCGGAAGUGGCCCAGCGGCACACACGGCGGCGAUCUACGCGGCUAGGGCGGAGCUUAAACCUCUUCUCUUCGAAGGAUGGAUGGCUAACGAUAUCGCUCCCGGCGGUCAAUUAACCACAACCACCGACGUCGAGAACUUCCCUGGAUUCCCCGAUGGUAUCCUCGGCCUUGAUAUCGUCGAGAAAUUCCGGAAGCAAUCGGAGCGAUUCGGUACUAAGAUUUUCACGGAGACGGUCAACAAGGUCGAUUUCUCAUCGAAGCCGUUUAAGCUUUUCACCGAUUCGAGAACCGUCCUCGCCGACGCCGUAAUCAUUUCCACCGGAGCUGUAGCCAAGCGGCUUAGCUUCACUGGAUCUGGUGAAGGCGCUGGAGGUUUCUGGAAUCGCGGUAUCUCCGCUUGUGCUGUAUGCGACGGAGCUGCUCCGAUUUUCAGGAACAAGCCUCUGGUGGUUAUUGGCGGCGGCGAUUCGGCUAUGGAGGAGGCGAAUUUCCUCACCAAGUACGGAUCUAAGGUUUAUAUUAUCCACAGGCGAGACACGUUCAGGGCUUCUAAGAUUAUGCAGCAGAGAGCGUUUUCAAACCCUAAGAUCGAAGUGAUUUGGAACUCUUCGGUGGUUGAGGCAUACGGAGACGAGAACGGUAAAGGCGUUCUCGGAGGAUUGAAGGUGAAGAACGUCGUUACUGGAGAUGUGUCUGAUUUGAAGGUUUCUGGACUAUUCUUCGCCAUUGGUCAUGAGCCAGCGACGAAAUUCCUAGAUGGGCAGCUUGAGCUUGAUGAAGAUGGUUAUGUAUUGACCAAGCCUGGUACCACAAAGACGAGCGUGGUCGGUGUAUUCGCCGCCGGAGAUGUUCAAGACAAGAAGUAUAGGCAAGCCAUCACGGCUGCAGGAACCGGGUGUAUGGCCGCUUUGGAUGCAGAGCACUACCUACAGGAGAUUGGAUCUCAGGAGGGUAAGAGUGAUUAGAAAAGGUGUAGGAGAAGGACACAUUCAUAAGUUGCUCUCUCUCUCUCCCUCCCCUUAUUUGCUUUGUCAUUUUCAGAAAUGUCAAACCAAUAAAGAAUCAGAUUGAUCUCAAAAAGACAAUUUUUUAAAUGAAGGGACAUUAAGUAGAGUUUUGUUAUAUGCGUUUGCAGUUGGAGUUGAGUCUGGAUUUUGUGCCAAGUUGUAACUCUUUAGGUCACAGCUUCGAGCAAUUGCUUUUGAUUUGUUCCUCCGGCGAGGGCUUUUAUAUGUAAUUUUAUUAAGCUAUUUCAGACUUAAUUGAACCAAUGAAUUGGUGUCUUAGAGAUGGAGAAAAUUAUGAAAGUUGUUUAUUUUUUCUUCUAAGCA